AAAAAUUCAUCUCCAUUUGAAAAUUUACCGGAAUCUUCAAUUGAUUCAAAAUCAAUCGAAACAACCCCAAUGUUACCUCCUCAAUCCAAAAAACAAAAUAUCGAUAAUAAUCCUUUACAACAUUCAAAUUCAAACUCAAACUCAAAUACUCCUACUUUAAUGGGCUUUACAAUGGGGAGGUUAGCAGAAGCUAAUAAUCAUGAUGAUUCUACAAGUCCGGUCAAUUCAAGACAAAACUCAACCUCGAAAAAAUCCUCUAGCUCAAGUGAAACCCUGCCAAUAUUAGGCAGUCAAAGAACAAGAGCUAAUUCAAAUACUAGUUUGAAUUCUAAUGGUACUUCAACCUCAAAGAAAAAGGGUGAAAAACCAGCUACUAAGAAAGCUUCUCAUAAAUUAGCUGAGCAAGGAAGAAGAAAUCGUAUGAAUGUGGCAGUUCAAGAUUUGAGUAAUUUAAUUCCUCAAAAUUAUCACGAUGAAGUUUCUAUUCCUUCAAAAGCAACCACCGUGGAAUUGGCUUCGAAAUACAUUAAAGAUUUGCUAAAUGAAUUAGAGAGUUUGAAGCAUUAAUAUGUGUAAAC